GCUCCACGAAGUUGCUGCGAAACUGCAGCAGCUGGCAGCUGAAUCUUAAACUCCAGCGCAAUUCUGGCUAGAAUGGAAUGGCCCGAAUCCUUCUCCAAAAAAUGUCAACCAUAUAUUCUGUUCUUCAUGAGGCCCUCCACACAUUUCUUCAGUAGGAACAUCUACGCAGUAGAAAUUCUGUCAGCAGCCACCAAAAGAUUGCGAAACUGCUCGGCCCUCUCUUGUUGAACAAAGGUCCUCGGACUACCUGUUAGUGCCCUGAUCUCUCUCUCUCGCUCUCUCUUCUCUCUUUCUUUGUGUGGAAUAGGACGCAGCAAGAUGCUACUCCUGAUGCCAUGACCAUGACCAUGACCUCUAUCAGUCGUCUACUUUUUUUUUUUUUCUGUAUCACUUUGACUCUGUCUUUUGUUCUCAUCUUGUUUCUCUGUAAAUAGCCUCUUAAUCUAACAAAGGCUGGGGGAACACUUUGUUUCCUCCAUUUCCGUUUAAAAAAAAAAAGAAUCUCAAACUAAGUAACAUGGCUGGAGGUUGAAUCUGGUUCAACAAAACAAAGAGGAUAAUAUACAGGAUUGUAAGGAUUAUUAAUUCAACAUGGUCAUAAGCAGAUUAACAUGAUCUUCAGGAAACUGCAAGGAAAUUGUACCUUAGCUAAUUGUUUGAAAUGCUUGUCAGAAUAAUUUGUAGCAGUGUAGAGAAAUGAUUUUCUUUUUAUUAAAUCGGACGGAGAAAUGGCAUCUUUAAAAAAUUUUAGUCACGAACUAUCAUCUUACAUUAAUUUGCAUAACAUUUUUACCACUUGUCAAACAACAUCUACAACCUCUGGGUGGAAGGUGGUUCUUUGAAUAAAAGCCAACAAAAUUUUGCAUAUUCUGCUUAUGCCAGAACAAAACUAUGACAUCUACUAAUUAAUUUUCUAAUUCUAUGGAAACUAGUGAUAUUUUUAUGGUACUUCAAACUAGAUUUGGACUACAAUAUUUUUUCUUUAAUCCAGUUCUUGUUUCAUAGGUGCUUCCAUUAGAAACAUCCGGACCUUCUAAACAACAAAAACAAAACAAUUAAUUUUAUAGCCUGAGUGGUUGUUUCCCUGAACCUCCUCUUGCUAGGAUUUGGGACAGGAUAUUAUUUCAUUUUUUUUUUUAAUUGAAGGUUGCAUCUUUAGAAGGGCCUCUAUCUACAUAUUGCAUUCUGUUUUGUCUUUGGUUGGGAGGAUACAUCUAUGGACUUAUUGCACCUUUGUCAAUUAAUUAAUUUAGCAGGAAAGUUCAAGUCCUGGAUUGUUUUGUGAAAGAUGCAGGGAACAUCCACAAUGCAUAAACGCAUUUUAUUUGCUGUAUUUGUCUGACAUCUCAAAUAAUAAUAGAUAUCUAAAAUGAUCCAUAACAAGAUCCCAUUACUUCAUCUUUUAAGAAUCCUUUGAACAUCACAAUUUCCUUCUCCCCUUAAUUAAGAUCUCCACUUGCUAGGAUAUUUUUUGUGAUGAAUUGCUAACAAGGAAAUUGUACAUAAAUCAAAACCAAGAUUCAACAGACUAAUACAAAGCAUUAUAGCAUGCGCAGCCUAAUUUCCUCCUCACUUCCUCUUUCACUGUGACCCCGUUCUGCUUUUAAAUACUUCCAUGACCUGAAAUAAGAGACUUUGAUUCUCAUAGUAGUCCUGAGCUGAUUCUCUGAACACAUGCCUCCCAGCACUAGUAGGCCCCUUCUCCCCUUCGUUGCCCCACCUACUGACGUCCUAAAAUGGACACAAAUAUGCAUGUCUAAAGCUCCUACUUCUCUUCUCUUCCUCCUAUCCUGUUGCUCUCUCUUUUCUGAUAGAGCAGUAGCCUUUCACCUCGGUGUCAUCGUGAACACCAACUCUCUAGUCGGAAGAGAGCAAAAGAUCGCCAUUGAGACCGCAGCGCACUACUUCAACUCCUCCACUACAACACUAUUCCUCGACGUCUGCGAGUCCAAUAGCAUUGAUCCCAUCCAAGCAAACGCUUACGCUAGAAGUCUCAUGAAAAGGGGGGCAGAAGCAGUAAUUGCUACGGGAACAUGGCCAGAGGUGGUAACACUGGCCGGCAUCGGCUCCAAAGAAAGGAUUCCGGUGCUCUCUCUAGCCACAACAUCGCCGCCAACCUUAUCUCCAAGGCCUUUCCUGGUGCGAAUGUCGUACCCUGCCUCCGGUCAGGCGCGUUGCCUCGCCCAAGUCGUGAAAUCGUACAAUUGGCGGAGAGUCAUCGUCAUCUAUGAAGAUGAUGACUAUGGUAGCAUUACUGCAAUGGCCUCACUCCUUUUCGAUGCUCUCAAUACCGUUGGAUCGGAAGUCAUCGACUACAUUGCCUUCCCACCGGUGGACACACUCUCCAAUCCAAGGGCUUCAGUUCAAAAAGAGCUGAAGAGGAUACGCCGUCAUCUCUCCCGGGUGUACAUCAUCCUCCAGUCCUCACGAUUGCUGACUGUCUCUCUGUUUGAGGAAGCGAAGGAGUUGGGAAUGAUGGCGAAAGGCCAUGUAUGGAUUGCCAACGAUGAUACCACCACCCUCCUCGACUCGACCUUGGAACCCUCAUUCAUCUCUUCUCACAUGCAAGGAGUGGUAGGAAUCAAGACCUACUUUGAUGAGACAAGCGAUUCCUACCAAGUCUUCAAAGCCGAAUUCCAACGAAAAUUCAAAGCGGAUUAUGGGAGCAAGGGGGAGCCUGGAAAGUUUGCCGUUCGAGCAUAUGACGGGGUACAUGCGAUUGCUCAUGCUGCCGUCGAGACGAAGACAAUGAGGAGCAACACAUUGUUAGAAGGUAUCCUAUCAAGCCAUUUUAUGGGGCUCAGUGGGUUCAUAAGGUUCAGAAGUGAUGGAGGUCUACCAGAGGGCAAGGGCUACUCGGCAUUUCGGGUCGUCAAUGUAGCGGGGAAGAGCUACCGGGAGUUGGGGUUCUGGUUGGAGGGCUUCGGUUUUUACAAAGAGGAGGGAGAGAUGGUCCGCCAUGGGGAGCGGGUGGAUGCCUUAAGCCCGGUGUACUGGCCGGGAGGACCCGAGAGGGUCCCCAGUGGGUGGGGAAAGCUCAAGAUUGGAGUACCGACGACUGCAACGUUUGAUCAGUUUGUGAAGGUGGAGUAUGACGAGCGGAGGAUGGUGAAGAAAGUGACCGGGUUUUGCAUCGACGUCUUUAAUGAGACUUUGGUGCACUUGAAGUAUGACCUCGAGUAUGAGUUCUUAGCUUUCAAUGGCACCUACGACAACCUCCUCAACCAAAUCCCCUUGAAGGUAUAUGAUGCCGCAGUGGGAGAUAUUACAAUUCUAGAUAAACGUUCAAUAAAUGUUACAUUCACAGAGCCAUACCUCUCAUCCGGUCUUUCUAUGCUAGUCCGUAUGCGAUCAAACCGCACGCAAUGGAUGUUUACGAAGCCAUUUACAAUGCGAGUGUGGCUUUUGAUCAUUGCCACCAUGAUCUACACAGGGAUCAUCAUGUGGUAUCUGGAACACAAGAUAAACCCCGAGUUUGAUGGCCCUUGGUGGACACAACUUGGAGCCACAUUUUGGCUAACUAUCUCCACCAUCUUCUUCGCACAUGGGAGGCUCUAUAGUUACUACACUAAAAUAGUGGCGGUGGUAUGGCUCGUUGCGGUCUUCAUCUUGACCUCCUGCUUCACAGCUAAUCUCAGUUCUAUUUUAACUACCGAGAAGCUUGAACCAAUGGUGGUAGACGGUAAGAUUGGAUACGACGGGGACUUAUUUGUUCGGAAAUACUUACAAGACGUGUUGGGAUACAAGGAGGAUAAGUUUGUGAAGAUUGGAAAAGCUGAAAACUACGUCGAUGCCUUUGAGAGUGGGAACAUCACGGCAGCCAUUCUUGAGGUUCCCUAUUUACGGGUGUUUAUUUCAAAACAUGAUGAUUACACUGCUCAAGGAGAAACAUACAUGCUUGGAGGCUUUGGCUUUGCAUUUCCUAAAGGUUCUCCCAUGGCAGAAGAUUUCUCUCGAGCCAUAUUGGGACUAACCGAGGAUGGGACACUGAAGAAGUUGGAAGACAAGUGGUUCUCAUUCUCCAUGUCCAAUUGUCCAACUCCAGACAAGGAUGGAAAGAGGGAUAGCCUCAGUUUGGACAGCUUUUGGGUGCUCUUCCUCUUCGUCGGUGGCACUUCGACCAUCGUCUUUCUUAUCGAGACUCGCUUGACCAUCCACCAUGCAGUAGGUGUAUCCUUGAUGGAGAUAUUCAAUAUGAUCCGGAGGUCUAGGAAUUCCUGGAAAAGAGGAGGGCUUGGACUUCAAGGAGUAGCAACCUUUUCUUCAGACCAAGAAGGGAAUGCUACGAGCAUGGAUCAAAGACCAUCCGAUCACAUGAUAGAGCUCCAUCGUCAUGCCUGCGAUGACAAUGAGCAAACCCGCUGGUGAAACCAUCAACAAUAGACUUAAGUCAUGGACAUGCUUGUUUUUGGGAUUAUAUAUAUACUAACUCAUAAUCCCAUAUAAUGCAGGGGAUGCAAUUUU